CAGCUCAUUGCAGGUUUCUUCAAUUGGGGAUUGCUCGGGGUGCUGAAUACACAAGUGUAUCAUUAUCACACUUACUUCCCUACAGAUCCAUGGUCUUUCAAAUUGAUGGUAUACGGGACAUUGAUCUUCGAAUGGGUCCAUACGGGGCUGAUCACCUCUGGCAUGAUGACCAUCUUCGUCUAUGACUUCGGGAACCCCGAGCCCGCGUUGGAAACGCACAAUACUUGGUUCUCAGGGCCAAUCAUGUGCGGUCUCAUGUCAAUGCUAGUGCAGAUGUUCUUUGCUUGGCGGAUCUACAUGUUCUCGAAAUCGUACUGGAUGUCUGGAGCUAUUGUCAUGAUCUCACUCGUGCAGGGAACAUUUGCGAUUGUAGCCGGAGUCAUGGUACGAACAAGCGACGCACGUAUUGCCUACAAGGUAUGGAUCUCUGUGGCUGCUGCAGUCGAUAUCGUAAUCGCCAUCAUCAUGACCAUCCUGCUCCUCAGGAGACGCAGCGUAGAUUCUGUCUCUACUGCUCUCGUCAAUCGAACAGUCCGACUAGUAGUGGAAACAGGUACACUUACCGGUGAGUGA